AAGUAGCCGGUUCCCUGGGAUACGGCCCGGACUGGUUGAGGCGGAGGGCGGGCUGUGGUGGUAGGAGUUCAGCACACCAUGGCCAGUGUCCACGAGAGCCUUUACUUCAACCCCAUGAUGACCAAUGGCGUGGUCCAUGCCAACGUGUUCGGCAUCAAGGACUGGGUGACGCCGUAUAAGAUCGCGGUGCUGGUGCUGCUGAACGAGAUGGGUCGCACGGGCGAGGCUGCCGUGAGCCUCAUGGAGCGGCGGAGGCUCAACCAGCUGCUUCUGCCUCUGCUGCAGGGCCCAGAUAUUACACUGACUAAAUUGUACAAGUUAAUUGAAGAAUCUUGUCCUCAGCUUGCAAAUUCAGUACAAAUCAGAAUCAAACUGAUGGCUGAAGGCGAAUUGAAGGAUAUGGAACAAUUUUUUGAUGACCUGUCAGAUUCUUUUUCUGGAACUGAACCAGAGGUUCACAAAACAAGCGUAGUAGGCUUAUUUCUGCGUCACAUGAUCUUGGCCUAUAGUAAGCUUUCCUUUAGCCAAGUGUUUAAACUGUACACUGCCCUUCAACAGUACUUCCAAAAUGGUGAGAAAAAGACAGUGGAGGAUGCUGAUAUGGAACUGACUGGCAGAGAAGAGGGCGAAAGAAAAAUGGAAAAAGAAGAACUUGAUGUGUCCAUAAGAGAAGAGGAGGUAUCUUGCAGUGGGCCCCUGUCCCAAAAACAAGCAGAAUUUUUUCUUUCGCAACAGUUAAGCAGACGAGGUGCACCUGAGUGCCAUAGGCCCUCUGCUCCGCUGGAGGUGCACACUGCCCGCUGUGAAGGUCAUUAUCUCAGCUACUUAAACAACCUCCGGGUCCAAGACGUGUUUAGUUCUACACACAGCCUCCUGCAUUACUUUGACCGCCUGAUUCUCACGGGAGCCGAGAGCAAAAGUAACGGGGAAGAGGGCUACGGCCGGAGCUUGAGAUACGCUGCUCUGAACCUGGCCGCCCUGCACUGCCGCUUCGGACACUAUCAACAGGCGGAGCUCGCCCUGCAGGAGGCAAUCAGGAUCGCCCAGGAGUCCAACGACCACGUGUGUCUCCAGCAUUGCCUGAGCUGGCUCUACGUGCUGGGGCAGAAGAGAUCCGAUAGCUAUGUUCUGCUAGAACAUUCUGUGAAGAAAGCAGUGCAUUUUGGGUUACCGUACCUUGCCUCCCUGGGCAUCCAAUCCCUAGUUCAGCAGAGGGCUUUUGCUGGGAAGACAGCAAAUAAACUGAUGGAUGCUCUAAAGGACUCUGACCUCCUGCACUGGAAACACAGCCUGUCAGAGCUCAUCGACAUCAGCAUCGCCCAGAAAACGGCCAUCUGGAGGCUCUAUGGCCGCAGCACCAUGGCGCUGCAGCAAGCCCAGAUGUUGCUGAGCAUGAACAGCCUGGAGUCGGUGAAUGCGGGCGUGCAGCAGAACAACACGGAAUCGUUUGCGGUCGCGCUCUGCCACCUCGCAGAGCUGCAUGCGGAGCAGGGCUGUUUCGCUGCAGCUUCCGAGGUAUUGAAGCACCUGAAGGAAAGAUUCCCACCGAAUAGUCAGCAUGCCCAGUUAUGGAUGCUCUGUGAUCAGAAAAUACAGUUUGACAGAGCCAUGCAUGAUGGCAAAUAUCACUUGGCUGACUCACUUGUUACAGGAAUCACAGCUCUUCAUAGCACUGAGGGUGUAUAUAGAAAAGCAGUUGUACUACAGGCUCAGAAUCAAAUGACAGAGGCACACAAGCUUUUACAGAAAUUAUUGAUUCAUUGUCAGAAAAUCAGAAACACAGAAAUGGUGAUCAGUGUCCUGCUGUCUGUGGCAGAGCUGUAUUGGCGAUCCUCCUCCCCUACCAUUGCACUGCCCGUGCUCCUGCAGGCGCUGGCCCUCUCCAAGGAGUACCGGCUACAGUACUUGGCCUCUGAAACAGUGUUGAACUUGGCUUUUGCCCAGCUCAUCCUUGGAAUCCCAGAACAGGCCUUAAGUCUUCUGCACAUGGCCAUUGAGCCCAUCUUGGCUGACGGAGCUGUCCUGGACAAAGGCCGGGCCAUGUUCUUGGUGGCCAAGUGCCAGGUGGCUUCAGCAGCUUCCUAUGAUCCACCGAACAAAGCAGAAGCUCUGGAGGCCGCCAUUGAGAACCUCAAUGAAGCCAAGAACUAUUUUGCAAAGGUCGACUGCAAAGAGCGAAUCAGAGAUGUCGUUUACUUCCAGGCCCGACUCUACCACACUCUGGGGAAGACCCAGGAGAGGAACCGCUGUGCGAUGCUCUUCCGGCAGCUGCAUCAGGAACUGCCCUCUCACGGGGUGCCCCUGAUAAACCACCUCUAGUGAGAACAUCCCUGCGGGGCCAUGCUGCAGAGUGCAAGAUUCUGGACUUGUUUACACUCCCUCCACAUAAAUGAUGUGUGUGUGA